AGCAUGCGCAGCACCAACCCAACAACAUCAGGGAUCUUCCCAUCAGAUGUGAAACUUCUAAACAGCAACUUCGCAGCUAUGGACACAUACUGGUAACUUCAAGUGCGUGGACGAAAUUUCCACAGUAUUUGCAACGUAUUUGUUAUUAUUUUGGGGCUCAUAUAGUCGUUUUCUAAUGGCUAACGUUAGCCAAUGUGCCAGUUAGCUGUGAGCUGUUGAGUUGGUGAACUGUAGUAAUUGUCCUCACCUGACUGUGGUGAGCAGCCUGAGUAGAAAUAUGUGUCUGUGUCUGGACUGAACCUAGUGGUUACUCGUUGACCAACAGGUUGCUGCUCCUGGAUCUGGAGUACCAGUCAUCCAAGGGGCGAAGGUCGAGUUACAGCCCGAACACGACAACCAGUCCGGGGGCAGAUAAGGUAUUAUCGGGUCACGCCAUCCAUGCAGGCUGUAAACAAAACCAGUAUGAGCUGACCAUGGAGGAUCUGGGCAAGGUUUAAGGAACAGGAGAACACACACGUCUGCAAUGGGAACCCGCAGGAACGGCUUCAACAAGGAAACUUUCAUUUUGUCCGUGGACGUGGGGACAACGUCAAUUAGGUGUCAUGUCUAUGACAAGGAAGCUAAUAUCAGAGGAUUAUGCAGCACCGAGGUUGUUCUUUUGUAUCCAGAGGUCGGCCAUGUGGAGAUGGACCCAGAUGAAUUAUGGAGAGGGUUCAUCACUGUGGUCAAGGGAGCAGUACAAGAUGCAGGGGCUCACAUGCAUCAGAUUGAGGCCCUUGGCAUCUCCACUCAAAGAGGCACCAUCACCACAUGGAACAGGACCACUGGUGUUCCCUUCCAUAACUUCAUCACCUGGCAGGACCAGAGAGCUGCAGACCUGGUGAAGUCCUGGAACAGAUCAUGCACCAUGAAAAUGAUCCACAGUGUGAUGAAGACCCUCUACUUCCUGUCCAGACAGAAGCGAUGCCUUGCAGCAAGUCUUAUUGUCUUCUCCACACAACAUGUCACCUUCCGUCUUGUCUGGAUCCUAACACACUACAAGCAGGUCCAUCAAGCUGUAGCUGAAGGAAACUGCUGCUUUGGAACAAUAGACUCUUGGCUGUUGUUCAAACUCACAAAAGGACUCAUCCACGUCACAGACUACUCUAAUGCUAGUUCAACUGGGAUUUUCGACACCUAUCAGAUGUGUUGGAGUGGGUUUUUCUGCUCUCUUUUUUCCCUGCCUAUUUCUAUUUUCCCCAAAGUAGUAAAUACAGACCAUGACUUUGGUUCCACAGAUCCGUCCAUCUUCGGAGUGUCCAUCCCCAUCAAGUCUGUGAUUGCAGACCAGCAGGCGGCCAUGUUUGGAGAAUGCUGCUUUGAUGUGGGUGAUGUGAAGAUCACCAUGGGAACGGGAACCUUCAUGGACAUCAAUACUGGAAGCAAACCCCACACAUCUGUAGCAGGCCUGUAUCCUCUGGUGGGCUGGAAGAUCGGCUCAGAGCUGGUGUAUCUGGCUGAAGGCAGCUCGGCAGACACGGGCACCGCCAUCAAAUGGGCUCAAGAGCUGGAGCUGUUUUCAGACGUCCAGGAGACCAGUGCCAUGGCGUACAGUGUCAGUGACUCCGAUGGAGUGUGUUUUGUUCCCUCCUUCAGUGGCCUACAGGCUCCUCUGAAUGAUCCCAAAGCCUGUGCUUCCCUCAUGGGCCUCAAACCUUCCACCACUAAGUGCCAUCUGAUCCGUGCCAUUCUGGAGUCUAUCGCCUUCAGAAACAAGCAGCUGUAUGAUACGAUGCUGAGAGAAACUCGUAUUCCAAUUACAAGGAUAAGAGUGGACGGUGGUGUGUCCUCCAAUGACUUUGUCAUGCAGCUGACAGCAGACCUGUUUGGUAAAAAGGUGACCAGACCCCAACACUGUGAAAUGUCUUGUCUGGGGGCUGCUUUUGUCGCUGGACUCGGAACCGGCUUUUGGAGGACCCGAGAGGAGCUGAAGAAACUGCAGAGUACCGAUGAGGUGUUUGUGCCCCAAGGACUACCCAAAGGGGGUGCGUAUUGUCCAGGUCGGGAGUAUAUCCCUGUCAUCCAGAGCUGGGAGAGCGCUCUGAGACGCUCCAUGAACUGGUACGGCAAGCCUUGACACAGGAUACACACUACGUCUGGCGACAUAGAAAUGGAACUAAAUGAGAGCUAUUUGAACAGAAGGAGUAUCAUCUGUGUCUCUAAAAUGAAUUUGAGGGACUUCUGUAAAUAUGUGUGAAUGAAAAUGUCAGUGGUGUGCUCCAUAACUUUCACCAGCAACCACAAACGUACUCGGGGAAAUAAUAGUUCAAAGUUUACUUCAUACAGUUUAGUGAAACACAGUUGAAUGUGUUAGUGCGCUGAAAUGUUGAUACUGCACUUCACACCUGUGGGUAGCAUUGGAGGAGAGGUCCAGUAGAAGGCUGAUCCAAGUUAAAAGCACCAUCAGCCAUCUUCACCACCUUCACAGCCUCAAGCAGGCAUGGAUUUCCACUAUUUACAGACAUUCCUACACCUUUACAUGUUUUUCUUCUUACUGGACCAGCUGCAUCAAAAUCUCAGGCCACUGGUGCCUUUUCUUAAAUACAGUAUUUUUUUUACAAGUUAGAGUGGUUUUAAUGUUACCACUUGGGGGCGCCACUGACUGGCUUUACAGUUUUGUAAUGUAUGAACUUGCCAUAGCAACCACACACCACAUGUUAAUAAGGAACAAUAAUUGAUUCACACAUAUUCAUCUGUGAAGAGAAAUUACUGAACUUGCUUCUUGCAUCACUUCAAAAGACAAAAUGCUCCACAUAGGAAAAUGAAUCUGGAGAUACAAACAGCUUAGUAUGUUCUUAUAAUUCUGCCUUUUAUCUCUUUUUGAUGUUUUGUCAUGUCAAAAAUAUGUUGAGAAAACGAUGUCACAUGUGUAAUAUGGGGACAUUAGUAUAGUACUUUUCAGAGAAUGAUUAUCAUUCACCAUGAUAAAAAUGUAACUGGAAUACAAACUAAUUAUUGUACAUUAUAUAAAUAACAUUUACUGCACCGAAAAAGGGAAUCCCUCUAGUUUUCUGUAUUUCCAUGUUUUUGUUUUGCUUUAAGUGAUUAAUGUCACUGUCAAAAAUGCCAGGGAAACACAUAGGACUUUUAUCAGUAUCCAUUCAUUUGAUGCAUCUCCUUUUUGCUGUGGAGCAAUAGAAAUGUAUACAUCAUGAAGUCAUGCAUACAUUGUGAUUAAGAGGAAAGCUGAUCGGGGGCACAAGUAUUACAUUAAACGAAGAAAACAGAAUUAUGUACUGUUGUUCUUUGCCAGUCCAUAUUGUCCUUAUUUUUCACCAGUCGUAGGUAUUAGUCUAACUCUUUCAGUCUUAACCUGAGUAAUUAUAAUGACUGUAAACAGAGUGUUAGUUUACAUGUACUUUGAGUACUGUGUACUGUUUUGCCUUCCUCAGAAAUGUGAUACUGUUGCACAUUUUAACAUGCAGAGUGAUACUAUGCAUAAUGCAGAAAUUAACACCUCAAUCAAAAUGCCAUUUCAAGUGUGAGAUUUCAGGUUUUUUUGUUUUGUUUUGUUUUGUUUUGUUGGGGUUUUUUUAUGUGGGCAUCCUGACUGCUGGGAGGUAACAAAUGACUUGUGUAAUCAUACAUUUUGUAAUAAAAAUUGUAAAUCCUCUGUAUGAUGUGAGGCGGCUUGUACUGAAAUGUGACU